AGAAGAUGGAACGGCGCGUUGGCGUGAUGUCACACGUGUGCGCCAAGAUACGUUUUGUCAGUCAGCGAAGUCUAGUUUUAUUUAUUCAUUCCGAGGUCAAAUUUUAUGUUUAUGACCCAGAUUAUUUGUCUUGAAAUUACCUGACUGAUAUCAUUUUCUUCGUCCUUGACGUCGGUUCCGUACGACUCUAGUGUAAGUAACUCCGCUUCGGUCAGUUUUGUGUUUGUUAGUGAAAAUCAAAGGACUAUAACGUUACUCUAUCAAAAACUUUAAUAAUGGAGUAAAUGGUUUUGAGAUGUCUCUGGGAUUCCUGAGGUUUGUUUUGAGUCAGGCACUAAGCCCCUGUCCUCUUCGACCCGUCAGCCUGGUUGCCUCACGUCUGGCAAGGAGCCCAUCAACCCUCAGGCCAGCAUGUUCUUGCCACUUCUCCACAGACACUGAGGGCGGGAGCACCAGUGUGUCCGAUUUCCAGAAGGAAACUAAAAAGUCGGACCCGAGAGCACGAGUCACUUUUGCCAGCGUGGGUAGGAAGAUUGGCCAGCGUCAUAUACAGUUAUUGGGUGAGGAUGGAGAGGAAUUGGGUACAAUGCACCGUGCUGAUGUGAUACGACUGAUGGACGAAACAGGGCUGCGGCUUGUUGCCAUAAAUGAUGAUUGUGAUCCUCCAUUAUACAGACUGAUGAAAGGGAAACAGAUCCAUGAAGAGCAGAUGAAACUUCGAGACACACAGAAAGCCAAGAAAGGGCCUGUCCAAUCAAAGGAGCUCAUUUUUUCCUCCGAUAUAUCCCUUCAUGACUUGGACACUAAACUGCGGCAAGUUGUCAGUUGGCUGGAAAAAAACAACCACGUCAGACUCACCAUCAGAGCAAGAACUGACGGUGGCACACCACUGGACAAAGUCUUAACACAGAUGGUGGAGAGGAUAUCAGUGCCUGUUGGCUUUGUAUCAAAACCUUCGGUGGUUCGUGGUGGUCGUGCUGCCAUGUGUGUCCUUCGGCUUGCUUCUGCUAAAGAAUUGCAGAAAAGAGCAGAGACUUCGAACAAGAAUUUAAAACAUGACUCAGAGACCCCAGCAUCUCUUCAUAACUCAAAUGACUUCAAACAACAAUAAAAAACUAUGCAAUUUCAA